UCGUUUGGUCCCUAUAGUAUUCUAGUAUUUGUCUUUAUAACCUCUGUCACUUAUACAUUUUUCACCAAAUUUUAAGCAUUGCAGAACAUAAAAAUAUUCAAAAUGUUUCAAAUAUUCCUGCUAAGUUUCGCUGUCACCGCCUCAGCUGACAAAAUGAGUCCCUUCAUUGUAGGGGGCAAUGAGGUUUCAAUUAAGGACUGGUCUUUCAUUGCCUUCGUACAAAUAACUGACGGCUCUAAUGUUGCGGCGUGUGGGGGGUCUCUCCUCAGCUCGCAAACUGUGCUGACAGCAGCUCACUGUCUGGAUGAUUUCACCGAGAAAAAGAAAGUGAAAGGUAUCACAUUCACGAUUUACAUGGGCCACUCAUCAUUCGCAAAAGCGACAAUGACACGAAGUGUCUUAGACUAUGAGUCACACAAAUACUACUCGCCUGAUUCUGAGAUCGUACAAUUUGACAUCGGAAUCAUGUUCCUGUCUAGACCCGUCAAAUUCGGGUCCAAAGUUAUAAAGACGAUAUUGCAACCGAAGUUUAGUGCAACAGUUGACAAAAAAUUGGCCGUCGCUGGGUGGGGUUAUACAGAUAUAGAUGAAUUAACAGGUGCUGUCAGCGACAGGCUAAAAGCGGUCGUGAUGAGGCCGAUAUCGAGUAAGAUAUGUAAACUUCAGACUGGAAUCAUCUGCACCCAAACUCAAAAUGAAUUUCCAUACAACGGGGACUCUGGUGGCCCUCUGGUUAAUGCCAAAACCCACCUUCAAGUCGGUAUAGUCUCUUUUCGAGAAAUGCAUACGGGGAUAUCAGCCUUUACCAGCGUACCGCAUUACUGGGAUUGGAUCAACAAGGCACAACUCAAAUUGUACAAAAGAUUUUGCAUAAAGGGAAAGUAAACUAUACCUAUGUCUGAUGUAUACCUCAGAAGAUUGACAAAGGAGUUGCGUCGUGAUUUUCUAGUAAUUUCGGGGCUAAUCAAAAUAGUUUAUUUUUACAUUUUAACUUUAUGCAGCUGAGCCUUCAACCAGUCCGUAAUUUUUCCUGACGCUGCUGUUCCUUUGACUGCCGCCCGAGAAACUUCUUCUGACGGCAACAUAGGGCAUAAGCAGGAUGGCCUUUACAGUAUGCCCCUGCCUAUUCCCCUGCUACUGUAAACAACGCGUAGAAAAUGUUCGAGACGUGGAAACAGGGAUCACAAUCUUGACCAGCGUACCAGAAUACUGGGAAUGGUUAAGGGGGACUCAACUAAAGUAGCUGCGAAUAUUUUGUGGAAAGUGGUAGUAAAAUCAUCUUAUCAAUAGGUAUACCUGUGUAUUUAAUUAUAAACAAAAUAUUAUUGAU